AUGCGGAUUAUAUGGCGUUAUGAGGGUACCAUAGUUUUAUUUUUAUGCUUAUUUUUAUCUGUAUACCUUGUGUUUUAUCUGCUGAUAAACUUGGUAAUUGGAAUAGCACAUAUGAUCCUUCCACACGAGCCGCCAAAAAAUCGAGAUUUGAAAGCAUUUGUAACUUCCGCUUACUUUUACCCAACUUCUAAAAGCCUCGGCAGCAAUUCUAUAGCACUUGUAAUGAGUAUGAAUUUGGGACAGUUUAAGCAGGAUUAUCUGGAAAUUCAAUCCGGAAAACCAAUGGAUUCCACAGAAAUUGUGAUUUGGGCAAAAAAUGGAACACAUAGUCGACUAGUUAGUACGCCGUAUAUUCGAGUUACCCCUCAUGACAAUUGUCAAAUGAUUACUGUAUUUGCAACUGUGCAAUUGAUACCAAAUGUGAAUAAUAUUUUAUUGAUUUCCGAUGAUGGGUCCACAGAGGUCCCUUUUACUUUACCGGACUAUCAGAAACGGGAACUUGUGGUUUGCUGGUCGCCGUUAUAUGUGACUGAACAAUGGCAAAAUUUUAUACUCGCAAUGCAUAUUUAUAAAAAAUUCGGCGGAUUCAUACAUAUUUAUUUGAUCAGUUGCAUUUCAUCACUGUUCGCGCUGAUGAAAAAAUACGAAAGUGCGGGAUAUCUCAAAAUCCAGCCAUGGUACCGUGUGAAUUUUCCGUUCAUUCAUCCGCUACACGUAGAUCCUUACGUAGGAAUCGAACUUCAGAAUCAAGCAUCUUCACAUACGGAUUGCCUUUUACAGUAUAAGGAAUCCGCUGAAUUCAUCACAUUUCUUGAUAUGGACGAGAUUUUGAUUCCACGCUCAGCUCCGACCUACGUAGAAGAAUUCCAGAAGAUUCUAAACAAUCGAAAACACAUUUCGCAUAUUGAGUUCAGCAUCGAAAACUAUAAAAUGACGGUGGCAAGGGAUAGUUUGAAAUUUUCGAUUCCUCAAAUGUUGGCAACUUUGAAAUAUACAUAUUCGCCAGAAAAUUCUAGAAAAAUCGUGGCGAUUCCUAGAAAUCUAAACUUCACAUGGAUCUAUCCAGUACCGGUGAAUUCCAAUGGAAUGGAUUCUUUGAGAACCGAUGAAAAUGUGAUAACAAAAUUAAAGACAAUCAAAUGGACAAAUCCAAAAUUCAAGACCGAUAAUCUUCCACUACCCUUGUAUUUGAACACAACUGAAUUUUUAAUACUUGGCGAUCAAGUCGAGGAAAUCGAGGACGAUUUUCAGCAAAUCACAGAACAUUUCGAAACGAAUUCAAUUUUACCAGAUCUCCCGAACCAAUUAUAUUAUUACAACAAUGUGAAAACGUGUCUAGCGAAAACAUAUCAUUCCUUCUUGAAUUCUGUAAUUUAUGGAAGCGUUAAAUGUCCCGGUCCACAAAUGUGUAAAUUUAAAAAGUAUCGAGAUGUUAAAUGUGUUCAUAAAUGGAAUGAGAUUCUUGCCAAGAAUGCACAAAAGACCGCCGAUGGCUGUCCAAUGGAACCAUUCAUUGCACCAAACUUUGGACAGAACGUCUACGUGCCGUACUCCAGUAAGCCCUUUAAAAAUCCCGAUGGAAUGGGAGCUAAUGCAGUGGCCCAAUGGGUGGAUGACCUUUCGCUCUACACAUGGAAGUCCCUUAAGAUUAAUGAGAAUCCCGCUAAACUCAGACGAUUUAGUCAGAUGAUUCGUGAUGAGACUAGUUUAGUUGGGUGUGGACUGAAAGACUGUGGAAAAACAAACGGUUUCUACAAGUACGUUGUGGUGUGCAAUUAUGAUCCACCAAUGAGCAGCACGGAUUCUGUUGUUUAUAUGGAUGGACCCGCCUGCUCUAACUGCUCGGUCGGACUCACAUGUGAGAGUUCUUCCGGAUUGUGCUACCUAUAUUAA